CGGGUUCUCGAGAUGCCACUUCCAAAUUUGGAGAGUGACUUCCUUUAAAAAGAGUGGAGAGAGUUGGACCUGGACAGGCCAAUUGCAUUAUCUGAGGUCACUACAAGCCCAACUCACUGCUGAUCUUCUGCUCAAGGAUUUAUUAAGAGAAAAUGGGGGACCAGUCAGAGUUUGGGGCUGCUGCGCCUUUCCUGCGGAAGUCAGAGAGGGAGCGUCUGGAGGCGCAGACUCGCCCCUUCGACAUGAAGAAGGAGUGCUUUGUGCCCGACCCCGUGGAGGAGUUUGUUAAGGCCUCCAUCGUUAGCCGUGAAGGAGACAAAGUCACUGCUGAAACUGAGAGAGGCAAGACCGUUACUGUAAAGGAGGUGGACGUCCAUCCUCAGAACCCGCCCAAGUUUGAUAAAAUUGAGGACAUGGCCAUGUUCACCUUCCUGCAUGAGCCCGCUGUUCUGUUUAACCUCAAAGAGCGUUAUGCAGCCUGGAUGAUCUAUACCUACUCAGGGCUGUUCUGCGUCACUGUCAACCCCUACAAGUGGCUGCCAGUAUACAAUCAGGAGGUGGUCAUCGCUUACAGAGGAAAGAAGAGGAGUGAAGCUCCUCCUCAUAUCUUUUCAAUUUCUGACAAUGCCUAUCAGUACAUGCUUACAGAUAGAGAAAACCAGUCAAUUCUCAUCACUGGAGAAUCUGGUGCUGGCAAGACCGUGAACACCAAGAGAGUCAUCCAGUACUUUGCCAGCAUUGCUGCUGGAGGAAUAAAGAAAGAUUCUGCUUCUGACAAAAAGGGCACUCUGGAGGAUCAAAUCAUCCAGGCCAACCCAGCUCUGGAAGCCUUUGGUAAUGCCAAGACCAUCAGAAAUGACAACUCUUCAAGAUUUGGCAAGUUCAUUCGAAUCCAUUUUGCAGCCAAUGGUAAACUAGCGUCUGCUGAUAUUGAGACAUACCUUCUGGAGAAGUCUCGUGUGACUUUCCAGCUCAAGGCUGAGAGAGACUAUCACAUCUUCUACCAGAUCUUGUCCCAAAAGAAACCAGAGCUUCUGGAAAUGAUGCUCAUCACCAGCAACCCCUAUGACUACGCCUUCAUCUCCCAAGGAGAGACGACCGUAGCUUCCAUCGAUGAUGCUGAAGAGCUUAUGGCCACAGACGAAGCAUUUGAUGUGCUGGGCUUCACCCAGGAGGAGAAGAAUGGCAUUUACAAGCUGACUGGGGCCAUCAUGCACUACGGCAACAUGAAGUUCAAGCAGAAGCAGCGUGAGGAGCAGGCAGAAGCAGACGGCACUGAGGAUGCUGACAAGGUUGCUUAUCUGAUGGGCCUGAACUCUGCUGAUCUCAUCAAGGGUCUCUGUCAUCCAAGGGUCAAAGUAGGAAACGAGUGGGUCACCAAGGGACAAAAUGUCCAGCAAGUGAACUAUGCUAUUGGAGCACUAUCCAAGUCAGUGUACGAAAAAAUGUUCCUCUGGAUGGUGGUGAGAAUCAACCAAUCACUGGACACCAAGCAGCCUCGCCAGUAUUUCAUAGGUGUCCUGGACAUUGCUGGUUUUGAGAUCUUUGAUUUCAACACCUUUGAGCAGCUGUGCAUCAACUUCACCAAUGAAAAACUACAACAGUUUUUCAACCACCACAUGUUCGUGCUGGAGCAGGAGGAGUACAAGAAGGAGGGAAUUGAGUGGGAGUUUAUUGACUUUGGGAUGGACUUACAGGCUUGCAUUGACCUGAUUGAAAAGCCCAUGGGCAUCAUGUCCAUCCUUGAAGAGGAGUGCAUGUUCCCUAAGGCCAGUGACGCAACCUUCAAAGCCAAGCUCUAUGACAACCAUCUGGGAAAAUCCAACAACUUCCAGAAGCCCAGGAUUGUCAAGGGGAAACCAGAGGCUCACUUUUCCCUGAUUCAUUAUGCUGGUACUGUGGACUACAACAUUGGCAACUGGCUGGUCAAGAACAAAGACCCCCUGAAUGAGACUGUUGUGGCGCUAUUCCAGAAGUCUACUCUCAAGCUACUGGCAAUGUUGUUUGCAAACUAUGCCAGUGCUGAUUCAGCACAAGAAAAGGGUGGAAAAGGUACAAAGAAGAAGGGCUCCUCCUUCCAAACGGUCUCUGCUCUCCACAGGGAGAAUCUGAAUAAGCUGAUGACCAACUUGAGAUGCACUCACCCUCACUUUGUCCGCUGCAUCAUCCCCAAUGAGACCAAGACUCCUGGGGCCAUGGAGAACCCUCUGGUCAUGCACCAGCUGCGCUGUAAUGGUGUGCUGGAAGGCAUCAGGAUCUGCAGAAAGGGUUUUCCCAACAGGAUCCUGUAUGGAGACUUCAAACAGAGAUACCGCAUUUUAAAUCCUGCCGUGGAGAAGGAGAAACAUGCCACUGAGAACAAGGUGAAAAACCUGACUGAGGAAAUGGCGGCUCUGGAUGAAAUAAUUGCCAAGCUGACCAAGGAGAAGAAGGCUCUACAGGAGGCUCACCAGCAAACCCUGGAUGACCUGCAGAGUGAGGAAGACAAAGUCAACACUCUGACAAAGGCCAAAGCCAAGUUGGAGCAACAAGUGGAUGAUCUUGAAGGAUCUCUGGAACAGGAGAAGAAGAUCCGAAUGGAUCUUGAGAGAGCCAAGAGGAAGCUGGAAGGAGACCUGAAGCUGACUCAGGAGAAUGUAAUGGACCUGGAGAAUGACAAACAGCAGAUGGAGGAGAAGCUGAAGAAGAAGGAUUUUGAGAUCAGCCAGCUUAAUAGUAAGGUUGAAGAUGAACAGACAGUGAGCAUACAGCUCCAGAAGAAACUUAAGGAGCUGCAGGCCCGAAUUGAAGAGCUGGAGGAAGAGCUGGAGGCUGAGAGAGCUGCCCGUGCCAAGGUGGAGAAACAGAGGGCAGACUUGUCUAGAGAGCUGGAGGAGAUCAGUGAGAGACUGGAGGAGGCAGGUGGGGCCACCGCUGUCCAGAUUGAGAUGAACAAGAAGAGGGAGGCUGAGUUCCAAAAAUUGCGCAGAGACCUUGAAGAGGCGACACUGCAGCAUGAGGCCACAGCAGCUACACUGAGGAAGAAGCAAGCUGAUAGUGUGGCUGACCUUGGGGAGCAGAUCGACAACCUGCAGAGAGUGAAGCAGAAGCUGGAGAAGGAGAAGAGUGAGCUCAGACUAGAGCUGGACGAUGUGGUCUCCAAUAUGGAGCACGUCAUCAAGACCAAGGGAAACUACGAGAAAAUGUGCAGGACACUUGAAGAUCAGCUGAAUGAAUACAGAACCAAAUAUGAGGAAAGCCAGCGCAGCAUAAAUGAUUUCAACAUGCACAAAGCGAAGCUACAGACUGAGAAUGGGGAAUUUUCCAGACUCCUGGAGGAGAAGGAUUCUCUAGUUUCUCAGCUGACCAGAGGCAAGCAGUCCUACACCCAGCUGAUUGAGGACCUCAAACGACAGCUAGAGGAAGAAGUCAAGGCAAAAAAUGCACUGGCCCAUGCGGUGCAGUCUGCUCGCCAUGACUCUGACCUGCUGAGGGAGCAGUAUGAGGAAGAGCAGGAAGCAAAGGGUGAGCUGCAGCGCAGUCUCUCCAAAGCCAACUCUGAGGUGGCUCAGUGGAGAACUAAAUAUGAGACUGAUGCCAUCCAGAGGACUGAGGAACUGGAGGAGGCAAAGAAGAAACUGGCUCAGAGACUGCAGGAAGCAGAAGAGGCUGUGGAAGCUGUAAAUGCUAAAUGUUCCUCCCUAGAGAAAACCAAACACAGGCUGCAAAAUGAGAUUGAAGAUCUCAUGGUGGAUGUGGAGAGAUCCAAUGCAGCAGCUGUAGCUCUGGAUAAGAAGCAAAGAAACUUUGACAAGGUCCUGGCAGAAUGGAAGCAGAAAUAUGAGGAGUCUCAGUGUGAGCUGGAAGGUUCCCAGAAGGAGGCCAGAUCUCUGAGCACUGAGCUUUUCAAGCUGAAGAACUCCUACGAGGAGUCUUUGGAUCAUCUGGAGACUUUGAAACGAGAAAACAAGAAUCUACAAGAGGAAAUCUCUGAUCUCACGGAGCAACUUGGUGAGGGAGGAAAGUGUGUCCAUGAGUUGGAGAAAAUAAGAAAACAAUUAGAACAAGAGAAAAGUGAGAUCCAAUCUGCUCUUGAAGAGGCAGAGGCAUCUCUUGAACAUGAAGAAGGCAAGAUCCUGAGAGCCCAGCUGGAGUUUAACCAGGUUAAAGCUGAUAUUGAGCGCAAGCUCACUGAAAAGGAUGAAGAGCUGGAGCAGGCUAAGAGGAACCAGCAAAGAGUGGUGGAUACUCUGCAAAGCUCCUUGGAAGCAGAGACCCGCAGUAGAAAUGAGGCCCUCAGGCUGAAGAAGAAGAUGGAGGGAGAUCUCAAUGAGAUGGAGAUCCAACUCAGCCAGGCCAACAGGCAGGCCGCUGAGGCUCAGAAGCAGCUCAAAGCCCUCCAUGCACACAUGAAGGAUGCUCAGCUGCAACUGGAUGACUACCUCCGUGCCAAUGAUGAUCUGAAAGAAAACAUUGCCAUUGUGGAGAGACGCAACAAUCUCCUGCAGGCAGAGCUGGAGGAGCUGAGGGCCAUGGUGGAGCAGACAGAAAGAGGCCGGAAACUGGCUGAACAAGAGCUGCUGGAUGUCAGUGAGAGAGUGCAGCUGCUGCACUCACAGAACACCAGCCUGCUCAACCAGAAGAAGAAGCUGGAAGGUGACACAGCCCAGCUUCAGACAGAGGUGGAGGAGGCUAUACAGGAGUGCAGAAAUGCAGAAGAAAAAGCAAAGAAGGCCAUUACUGAUGCUGCCAUGAUGGCAGAAGAGCUAAAGAAGGAGCAGGACACCAGUGCUCACCUGGAGCGCAUGAAGAAGAACAUGGAGCAGACUAUCAAGGACCUGCAGCACCGUCUGGACGAAGCUGAGCAAAUCGCCAUGAAAGGUGGCAAGAAGCAAGUGCAGAAACUGGAAGCCAGGGUAAAGGAGCUGGAGAAUGAGGUUGAGGCCGAGCAGAAGAAGGGCAGUGAUGCUGUGAAGGGCAUACGGAAGUAUGAGAGACGCAUCAAAGAGCUCACCUACCAGACUGAAGAGGACCGUAAGAAUUUGGCUCGUCUGCAGGAUCUGGUGGAUAAGCUGCAGUUGAAGGUCAAGUCCUACAAGAGAACUUCAGAGGAGGCUGAGGAACAGGCCAACUCUAAUCUGGCCAAGUUCCGCAAGCUGCAACAUGAGCUGGACGAGGCAGAGGAGAGGGCCGACAUUGCAGAGUCCCAGGUCAACAAGCUGCGGGCCAAGACCCGUGAUGUGGGCUCAAAGAAAGGCCAUGAUGAAGAGUGAAGCUUUCAGAUGAACAUGUGUUCUAGUUUCCAUCUGGUUUCUCUUACCUCUUCCCAGAAAUCCUGUACAAUAAAAUGAAAUUGCAAAUAAA